UGGCCGAGCGGGAACAAUAUUUUGGCGCCCGCAGGAGUAGUGAGAGUGAGGGCCAGCUGCAGAUGUUUUCUUCGCACUCCACUCUUCCUAAUUUACUUUCUUACAGGUGUUAGAUUUUUAGUUGCAGGAUGGCCGACGAAAGCUUGGCCACGUCUCGUUCUCGUCGCCAAAAAGCUGACAAACUAGGAAAAUUCGCUGCGUUGAAGCAGCUGAAAGAACAAAGAGGAGGCAAACACAAAGCCUCUUUGGACGAAGUAAAUAAUGUCUACGAUUUGGUCGAUGAAAAAGAAUACAGCAAAAGAGUGUUGAACAGGCAGUGUGAUGAUUGGAUCGUCGAUGAGGGAAGUGGCUAUGUUGAGGACGGUCGGGAGAUUUUUGACGACGACCUCGACGAAGAGUCGAUUUCCAAGCAGUCGCGGGGAAAAAGUGGCGGCGACCGCAAGAGGAAGAGCAAGCACCAGGACGAGGGGGAAAACUCCAAGGGCAGCGGCAACAUCCGCCACAUGCUGGCCAACAUGCAGCCCAAAAAGAAGAAGGUUGAGGACGUGAACAUCGACAAUGACGAGUUGCUCGGCGAGUUGAUGAAGGACCUGGAUGCCAAGCCCCUAGCGCCUCUGCCUACGAGGCCUGUGCAGCGACCAAAACAGCCUCCACCACCUCUCCCGGCCCCCAAACCUGUCAGGCAGGCUGUGAAGGAAUCCAUUCCUGCUGUCCCUAUUCUAAUUAAAGAAGAGCCUGUGGAGGUGCCAGAGGUCCCGGCUUCGCAGUUCAUCGAAGAAACUGACUCCAUGGACUGCUUCUCAGAUACAGAUUUUGCUGAGUUGGACAUCAAAGUUGAAGAGAGCCAGCAGGUUAUUCCAGAAACACAAGAUUCUGAAGCUAUUUUAGAGGAGAAAAUGGCAAAACCCGUAGUCCCAGCUGCAAAUGCUGAGAGCAUCUGGAGCAACAUGACCGAGAACAUGGGCCAGGAGUCCAAGAUGGACGUGACCGCCUCCGAGGUGAAAUACACAGACAGCGGGCUGCCAACCGUGAAAGAUGCCGCUGGCAACGAUGUCGUCCGCAUGUAUUGGUGGGAUGCAUUUGAGGAUCCAUUCAAGCAUCCUGGUGUGGUCUACCUCUUCGGCAAGAUCCAGGCGGACAUCGGCGGAAGUGGCAAGGCCGCCUGGGUCAGCACCUGUCUGAUUGUGCGCAAUAUCGAAAAGCGAGUCUUCCUGCUUCCCAGACAGUACAAACUAGAGAAGGGCAAAGAGACAGACGAAGAAGUGAGUGUUGCUGACGUUUACAAGGAGUUCACCUCGUCGGUAGCCAACAAGUAUGGCAUUCUUGAGUUUAAGUCUCGCACUGCCACUAAAAGCUACUGCUUCGAGAAGCCUGGCAUUCCGAUUGAAGCAGAGUAUUUAGAGGUGAUGUAUUCUGGGGCCAAGGAAAAUCUUCCUCAGGAUCUGAGCGGUAACACAUUCAGCCACGCUUUUGGCACCAACACGUCCAGCUUGGAAACCUUCCUGCUGCAUAGGAAAAUCAAGGGUCCGUGCUGGUUGGACGUUAAAGGUGCCGUCAAAGUCAACAACCCUGUUAGCUGGUGCAAACUUGAGAUGACUCUCGAUGACAUGGACGAUAUCAGCGUUUGCUUCGAAAAGAAGUCCGCGCCGCCCCUGGUGGCCUUGACCCUCAACCUGAAAAUCACAGUCAACCCAAAGACCAUGCACAAUGAAAUCGUCAUGGCCAGCUGCCUGGUCAGCAGCAGCUACCCUGUAGACCAGCCUCCUCCACAGCCGGCCUUCCAGUCACACUUUUGCAUUGUCACGAAACCAAGCGAGGGCAAGUGGCCCUUUGACUACAACGCAACCCUGGGCAAAACUUCCAACUUCAAGUCGACCACCCUGCACAAGGUUGACUCCGAGAGGGCCCUGCUGUCCUUGCUGCUCACGCUAAUUUUUAAAACGGACCCUGACUUGCUGAUUGGGCACGACAUUGCCAACUUCGAUUUACCAACCCUGCUCACCCGCAUCUCCAUUCUCAAAGUCGAGAAUUGGUCCAGACUUGGAAGGCUGAAGCGAGCGAGUAAAAUGGAUGGAUUGGGAAACAAGUCAUAUCAAGCAAAAGUUGCGGUCAGCGGCCGCCUAGUUUGCGACGUCAAGCUCUCUUCGCAAGAGCUGAUCAAAUCAAGGAGUUACGACCUGGACACGCUGUGCGUGAACAUUUUGAAAAUCCCUGAAUCGCAGCGCACCAUCUACACUGUCGAGGACAUUCGCAACUCUUAUAGUACUGGAGCCUCGCUGCGAAGUCUGAUUUGUUCGAGCAUGCAGGACGCAGCUUUUAUCCUCAAGAUCAUGACUGAAAUCAACGCCAUUCCUCUCGCUCUUCAGAUCACAAAUAUUGCUGGCAAUGUGAUGUCAAGAACCCUGAUGGGUGGUCGUUCUGAGCGAAACGAAUUUCUUCUUCUGCAUGCCUUCAAUGAGCGGGGCUACAUUGUGCCUGACAAAGUGUACGGCAAGAAGCCAGUGGCCGCCAAUGAGGAUGACGAGGAGGGAGGUGGUGGCGGAAGCAAGAAAGGCCGCAGGAAGAAGGCUGCUUACUCUGGAGGCCUGGUGCUGGAGCCAAAGAAGGGCUUUUACGAUUCUUACAUCCUCCUCAUGGACUUCAACUCGCUUUAUCCAAGCAUCAUCCAGGAGUAUAACAUCUGCUUCACCACUCUGCUGAUGAAUCAAAUCACGCUGAAAGCGCCAAAGCCCAAGAAAGAAGCAAAUGAUGAUGAUGAUGAGGACGAGGAAGAUGGUGACGGACUCGACGAACUGCUCGCCUGUCUGACCUCAGCUCAAAGCGCCGCAGCUGGCGUUCUUCCUACGGAGAUCAAAAAGCUGGUCGAUAGUAGACGGAGUGUCAAAGGCAUUCUCGCCAAGGGAGUGUCAAAACCUGAGGAGCGGAUGCAGCUGAACAUCAGGCAAAUGGCCCUGAAGCUGACGGCCAACAGCAUGUACGGCUGCCUGGGCUUCUCCAACUCGCGCUUCUACGCCAAACACUUGGCUGCUCUUGUCACAGCCAAGGGUCGAGAUAUUUUGAUGAACACCAAAAGCCUAGUGGAGAAAAUGGGCUUAGACGUUGUUUAUGGAGACACAGAUUCAAUCAUGAUCAACACACGCAGCACAAGCUUUGACGAAGUUCAAAAAUUAGGAUUCAAAGUUAAAGCAGAGGUCAAUAAGAUGUACCGGCAGCUGGAGUUGGACGUUGACGGCAUCUUCAAGUAUCUUCUCUUGUUGAAGAAAAAGAAGUACGCAGCUCUCACCAUCGCCAGGCUGCCUGAUGGCAAGUUCAAGACGGAGCAGGAACUCAAGGGCUUGGACAUUGUGCGCAGGGACUGGGCGCCGAUGGCCGUUACCACAGGAAAGUAUGUGGUGGACCUGCUGCUCAGCGACAUGAACGCUGACGAACGCAUCGAGAAGCUGCACGAUAAACUAAGUGUAAUCCGUGGACAGCUAGAGAAAGGCGAGAUUCCCAUUGCGCAGCUGGCCAUUGCAAAGACCCUGACCAGGCCCCCAGAGCAGUACUCGGAUAAGAAGGGUCUGCCGCACGUCGUGGUCGCCAUGAGGCUGAAUUCCAAGGGAGGAAAGAAGCUGAAGCAAGGUGACACUGUACACUACGUCGUCUGCCAGGAUGGAAGUGACCUGCCAGCGACGCAGCGAGGCUACCACUUGGACGAAAUUAAAGCAAAUCCGGCGCUCAAGGUGGACAUCGACUACUACUUGGCGCAGCAAGUGCAUCCAGUUGUGACCCGUCUGAUCGAGUGCCUUGAAGGCACGGAUGCCGUCAGAGUCGCUGAGUGCCUCGGUCUAGACGCAACCUCAUACAGGCAAGCACUAAGGAGGGAGGAAGAUGAGGAUGAUAGCUAUAAACAAAUCAGCCAAUUCUGUCUCUCUGAAGAGGAGAGGUUCAAAAACUGCGAAAGUUUUAGGUUCAAGUGCCAAAACUCGCAGUGCGGCACUACCAUCGAGAUGAGGUCUGCCUUUUUGGAAAACGUGAAACCGCCAGCUCUGGUCCUGGAAAAGUGCCCAAACCCAGACUGCGCUGUAAAGCCGUCGAGCAGCUUCCCAUAUUUACAAAACUGCCUUGCGAACGCAAUCCGCAGACACAUUGCCAAAUAUUAUGAGUGCUGGAUGGUGUGCGAAGAUCCCAGGUGCAAGUUCAGGAGCAAGGAAGCUGGUAACAAGCUGCAGAAAGGCAAUCCUGUUUGCAGGAAGUGCAAUCAGAGUGCCAUGUUCAAAGAGUACACAGAACACGAUUUGCAUCAGCAGAUUUACUUUUAUCGCUACAUCUUCAACCUCAGCAAAUAUCCGAAUUAUAAACGUGAUGGCAAAAAGGAUGUGGCAGAAGGGCACUACCUGACUUUGAAAAGCCAAGUGGACAAGACGAUCAGACUGAGCUCCUACUGCAUUCUGGACUUGACAGAUAUUUUCAAGAAACUGCAAGUCAAAAAAACCGCUCUGCACAAAUCUUCAUAAAAUAGUUGGCGUUUUGGGCUAGAUUUUAAGACCUAUUUCAGUUGUUAAACUUUUUUAUUUUUAAAAUUGCCACAUUCUGUUCUUGGAUAUGAAUAAAAUCAUUUGUACAGUAUAAUA